AACGUCAUCAUCAAAUCCAGAUCAAAUUUUAAAUAAAGAAAUUUUCAAUUUUUCCAAUGAAUUAAAUGAUUAUGAACUUCAUUCAUCUAACAACAGCAAUGAUAAUGUGAAAACAACACCACAGAAAACUGUCUGUUUUCAUUCGGUUACAGGUCAGCCUGGAUCUGAUAAAAAAAUUACAAAUGCCAUCGACUGUUUACAAAACAUGAUUAAUGGCACAACAUUGAUCAAAGUGAAAGCCAGUAUGCGACAAUAUAGACGUUUUUAUUCAUUGGAAGAAGAUUUGACCAUUAUUCGUUGGUCACCAUCUACGAAAAAAACAUCAAAAGCUAAAUUACCAAUCAAAAGUAUACGUGAAGUUCGUCGUGGAAAAAAUACCGAUGUUUUAAAGAAUCCAGAAAUCACUGGAAUAUAUAAAGAAGAAUGUUCAUUUUCAAUCAUAUAUGGUGAUGAUUUUGAAUCAAUCGAUCUGAUUGCAUUAUCAUCGGUAGAGGCAAAUAUAUGGGUGACUGGAUUGAAUUUUCUAAUCGGACUUAUACGAUCUCCAGAUUCAUUAGAAGGACGAGAAAAAAUGCGCGAAAAAUGGCUAUUAGAUGUAUUCGAUGAAGCCGAUUCUGAUCAUAAAGGAAUGCUUGAUGAAUUGGAAACAAUUGCAUUGUUAAAAAAAUUAAAUGAACGUCUUUGUAUUGAUAGUUUGAAACAGAAAAUUAUGGAAUUUGAAAUGAGCAAAAAAAAUGGUGAACAACGUGGCUGUAUAUCGAAACAUGCAUUCAUUAGUCUAUUUACACAAACGGCUACUAGGCCUGAUAUUUAUUUCAUUCUAGUACGUUAUUGUGGCAGAGAUUAUAUGACAAUGGAAGAAUUGCAACUAUUUUUAGAAGGCGAACAAGCCAUCCAAGGAACAUCAUUGGAAUUGUGUAAAAAUCUAAUCAAACGUUUUGAACCAUCUGAUCAGGCUAGAAAUAAACAACAAUUAUUGAUUGAUGGUUUCACACAAUUUUUAAUGUCCGAUGCAUGCGAUAUCCUAGGGCUAGCACCGAAACAAAUUUCACAUAACAUGAAUCGUCCGUUUGUCGAUUAUUUUAUCUCAUCAUCAUAUAAUACAUAUCUUAUUGAAGAUCAAGUUAAAGGACCAUCUAGCUGUGAAGGAUACGCAAAAGCAUUAUUAUCAGGAUGUCGUUGCAUAAAGAUUGAUGUACAUGAUGGUCCAGAUUAUUGUCCACUAGUAUUCCAUAGAAAUACUUUAACAAGCAAAAUUCCAUUAAUGGAUGUGCUGACCACUAUAAAAGAAAUGGCUUUUAUAAGCUCACCUUAUCCAGUGAUUAUUCAUCUAGAAAAUCAUUGUUCAUUAAAUGUACAGAAAGAAGUGGCCAGAUUAUUUAGAAAAAUUCUUGCCGAUCAUUUAUUCUUAUUAUCAACAUCAUCAUUGGAUAUUAUGAAUAAUGGUGGUGAAUCAUCAUCAUCAUCAUCAUUAUCAAUGAAAUUUAAAAUGGAAACCAUGUCACUAUCAUCAAAUUCAUCAUCAGAUGAUUAUAUGGCUAUUGAUAUGCAACAUAAUAAUGCUUCAUCAUCAGAAAAAUAUCUAAAUACUAUCUGUGAUCAAUUUGCGUUGAAUUCAUCCACAAUGGCGACAAAUAUUUGGUCCAAAUUGACGCCAGAAAAAUUGAUGUAUAAAAUAAUUAUCUCGGGUAAAAAAAUUGGCAAUAAAAAUCGAAUAAUCGAUGAAGUUAGUGAUGAAGAAGAAGAAAAUCAUGAUUUUCGUAAUGAUGAUGCUCAUAAACCACGUAUUGCCAUCUGUCAAGAGCUUUCGGAAAUAAUUUCAAUGAAUCGUGUUAAACCCAAAGAUAAUAAUAAUUGUGAUGAUAAUAAUUGGUCCAAUUUUGAUAAUUCAAAUUUAAUCCAUCUAAAUGAAUCAUUAGCUGUUAAAAUUGCACAGCAAAAUAUCGAAGAAUUAACACAACGUAAUAAAUAUUUCAUGACAAUGGUCACACCAGAUAUAAGUCGUAUUGAUUCAAGUAAUCUGAAUCCAUUAGAUUUCUGGAAUUGUGGUGUACAACUUAUUUCAAUGAAUUAUCAGACCAAUGGUCAAAUUAUGAAUAUAUAUCGUGGUUGGUUCAGUCAAAAUGGUUGCUGUGGCUAUGUAUUGAAACCAACAUAUUUACGUGGAAAAUAUUCAACAUUUAAUUUACGACGUAAAGAUGCCAUAAUAUCAGGUGUAGAUCCAUUAAAUAUUCGAAUCAAAAUUAUCAGUGGUCAACAAUUACCAAGACCUAAAGGAGCAUCGAUGAAAGCCAAUUCAAUUGAUCCAUAUAUUAUUGUACAAUGUCUUGGCACAUCUAUUGAUUGUGCUGAAUAUCGUACAUCCACCGUAUCGAAUGAUGGUCAUAAUCCGAUUUUUGAUGAAAGUUUUGAAUUCAAUGUCUGUCUACCAGAAUUGACGAUGAUUCGUUUAGUAUUGGAUGAUGAUUAUAUUAAUGAUGAUUUUAUUGGACAAUUAGCCGUACCAAUAUCAUGUUUGGAAUCUGGCUAUAAACAUAUUAAACUAUUGAAUAUGAAUGAUGAAAUAAUACCAAAUGCAAGUUUAUUCGUUAAAAUAGCUUUAACACAGAGAUAUGGAUCAAAACAAAAAUUACGAAGAAAAAAAAGUUGGUCACAAAAACAUAAUCAUGAUGCCAAACAAAUGGGCGUGAAACAUUUGGAUGAACAACUUAAACAGGUGUUUGCCAUGAUGAAUGAAUCAUCAUUAUUGAGGAAAAAUGUCGAAAAAAAUUAUAUUGAAUUAUGUGAUGAAUGUUCAUUGCCAGAAAGUGCAAAUAUGGCACAAUGUUUACGAAUAAUAACAUUAAGAUUGGCCACUUGUCCAACGGUGAUUGGUUUCAAAAUCGUUACAUCUGAAUUAGGUUAUCCAUGUGUACAGGUUUGCGGUGAAUUGACUACACGUUUAAAUCGUACAAUAACAACAUUGGAUCGUUGUCUAUUGGAAUUAUUCAAAACCAUUGAUCAAUCUAAAAAUUACAUUGCAUCUUUAUCUGAAUUAUUUGAAAAAUUAUCCAAUGUCAACUAUCAAUAUGAAGGUGUUGUGGAUAAAUCAAAUGAUUCAAAUCAAAUGCUUCAAUAUUUUUUGAAUUCACCAUCAUCAUCAUCAUCAUCUAAAAAACAAUCAACAAAUGAACAACAACAACAACGAAAUGAAAUGACAUUCCAUCAUGUUAAUGAACCAGCAUCAUCGAUGACAAGUAUAAAUAGUUCACCAAAUUUAUUGCUAAAACAUUCGAAACAAAAGAAGAAUGAAAAAAUUUUCGAAAAUCUUUUAUGGAAUUUAUCCGUAAUUAAAACUGAAUUGGAUAAUCUAAAUCAUUUGAAAAAUGAAUGCGAAAGUUAUUUUAAACAGAUCCAAAGAAUUGCCGAAUCGUUGGAAAGAAUUUUUGAACGUGAACAUAAAAUAAUUUUACGUUCAAAUUCCUAUGUUGUACGUGAGAUUAGUAAUGCAAAUAAUUUCAUUACAAAUCAAUCAUCAUCAUCAUCAUCAGCAUCCAUUAUUCAUGAAGUUGAAUCCAAACAAUCAUUAAUAUCGAUGAACAACAACAAUGAUGGACAAUUACGAGGUAUAUUGAAGAAAACAGCAUCACCAAUUGUGACGAAAAAAAUUUAUGGUAACAAUAACAACAAUAAUCCUGUUGACCAUCAAAAAAUAUUUUGAUAAUUUCAUUC